UAGGUCCAGUGUCCGCUGUUGUUGGGGGGCUUCUUCACCAAGGCUCUCUCUGUCAUUCACGCCUGGGGUCAGGCAGGCAGGCCAUCGCUCCUCUCCCCUGGUUCCUCCCGGUGCCCUACCAACUAGUGUGCUUCUCUUUAGUUAUCUGAAUUUUGUACAAGUAUGUUUUGGUUUUUGCAAUUUAGAGUUUCCUCUUUCUUUUUUUCUUUUUUUUGUAUAAAAGAGUCGGUCGGAAGACAAGGGUUAGGGUUAGUAUUGGAGGAUUGAAGGUGGAGAGAAGCUAUGGGGGAGGUCUGUGCGAAUUGAAGUGAGCAUUGAAGAGUGGUGUCGAGGUGAGGUGAGGGUAGUUGGAGGGGCGAGGAGGUAUGGAGCAGGGAGAAGGGGAUGGAGUGGGUGGGGGAGGUGGGGAAAAGAAGGUUACGAAGUUUUCGUUUUCUGUUGCGAAACCAUCGAACCGAAGGCCCCCGCUGCCGCCGAAGGUGAAGGAGAAGGAAGCCGUCGUGGUAGAGUAUGUGACAAGCGUGGAUGCGGAGGCAGGGAUUGUGGUUGCGAAUCCUAGGGCGGGUAGUGGCGCCCGUGCGGUGCCGAAGCAGGAGAACUCAUGGCGGCCGGAGAAGAGGAUGAAGAAUAUUAUGAUGGAGAGCGACGCGACGAAGUCGACUGAUGAAACAUUCAUUGUUGAGGAGACGAUAGGUGCGGGGCCUAAACCUAACGUGCAAUAUGGACUUACGGUGAUUGAGAGGGUUGAGAAUUGGGAUGGAGUAGAAGCGUCCGCGCCGGUGAGGCGUGUGUCGUUGAAGGAGAUUGAAGAUCAGAAGUUAAAGGAGGAUUUGGCGAAUUUGCCGGAGGAGGCGACGUUGGACCAAUACGAAGAGUUGCCAGUUGAGGAGUUUGGGGAAGCGCUGCUGCGGGGAAUGGGGUGGGAGAAAGGAAAGCCGAUUGGUCGGAACUCCAAGACUAUUGUCACAGUGCCGGAGCUUGUCAGAAGGCCAGGGACGUUAGGGCUUGGUGCAGUGCCAGUACCACCGAAAGCAACAGAGAAAAAAUAUAUAAAGCCAGGUGAAACCCGAGAGAAAGGAAGAGCAGAGUAUGUGAAGGCAAAGGGUUCAGGGGAUAUGAGAAGGGAGGAGAAUGUUAGAUCAGAGGAGCCCCGGGAGAGGAGAAGAGAGGAGAAAUCACGGAAGAAUGGAAGUGACGAGUACGGUAAGUCCAGAGAUUCUCGAGAGACGAGGAGAGACAGAGAUCCCAGAGAGAAGACGAGAGAUGAGUACAGUAAAUCGAAGGAUUCGUGGGAUCACAGAAGAGAAGAGGAGCCACGGGAACAUGGAAGUGAAGAGUACAGGAAGUCGAGAGAUUCUCGAAGCCACAGAAGAGACGACCACAGCGAUUCGAGUGAUUUUGGAGAGAGGAAAAGAGAAGAGCACACGGAGUCAAGGGGCUCUCGAGAUAAACGAAGAGAAGAGUACAGUAAAAGAAGUGAACCUCGCGAGAGUAGAAGAGAUCACAAGGGAAGCGAUCGACGCAGUAGGUAGAAGUAGAACAGUAGGCUGUAACGGCACGGAUUGGAGACGUCCGCAACCUGGAAAUGCUGAGGGGUUUGUGUUUCUUAGUAUUUUUUAUUAGGUUUGAGCCAUUGGCGACGGGUGUACGAGACGCUGAAGCUCACAAUUCUGUUGUUUAGAAAGUUCGGUUGUGGAAAAAUGGUCACUCCCGUCUUCAUCCUGCGGUUAGGAUUCACCCAAUCAUUUACACAUCACAUGUGCAACUUGUAUACUGAUGCAGUGGUUCAACGAACUACAUGGAUCAACAAAGCUUCGGUACAGUGGGAUAUGGGUGUACCACGUGCAUAGGCAAUUCUGGCGAGCUUCAUGAAGAUGUUUCCAAAGCGAUUACAGAAAACGGUAACUUUGUCUUCUGUUUCUGGGUAUGUUGACGAGUGUGUUCGAAAGAGAUUCGAAGGGGACACGAAUGAAAUGACAUGAACCAGGAGUAGAACAAAGUGUGUAAGCAAUCACGUGUGGGAGUAGGAAUUGCUUACGAGGGUGUAGUAUGAUGUUGCAAUGAUUAUUAUCAAGCAAUGAUAAUUACACA